AUGUCAUCAAAUGAUUACAAAGGAAACUAUCAAGAAAAGCCACCUUCUUUUAAUCCUGUUCAACAGCCGUUACCUAUUACAACACCAACAGCGCCAGCUGGUAAAUAUUCUCUAGCUUGCAUAUGUCCUUAUUGUCGUCAAUCAAUUGUUACAAGAGUUGAAAAAUCAAAUGGUUUAGUUCCAUGGCUUUGUGCAAGCACCCUUUUUCUUAUUGGAUGUGUAUUUGGUUGUUGUCUUGUACCGUUUUUUAUGGAUAGUUGUAAAGAUGUAACUCAUUACUGUCCUAAUUGUAAUACAAUGAUUCGACAAAAAAAAUUAAUAUAA